AUGGUCAAUGUCAGCAUAGUGACUGAAUUUCUUCUGGAAGGCUUUGCUGAGAUGUGGGAGCUCAGGCUCCUGCUUUCCAUGUUGCUCCUGAUGAUGUACCUGGCCACCCUGUUAGGAAAUCUUAUCAUCAUCACUGUCACUACCAUUGACCAGAACCUUCACACACCCAUGUACUUCUUUCUCAGAAAUCUGUCCAUCACAGACAUAUGUUACAUUUCCAUCACUGUCCCCAAUGCCUGUGUCAAUACUCUCACUGACAACAGGGCCAUUUCUGUGGUGGGCUGUGCAACUCAGAUCUUUCUGGUUGUUUUUUGUGCAUGUGUGGAGAUUCUGUUCCUCAUCAUCAUGGCUCAUGACCGCUAUGUGGCCAUCUGUCAGCCUCUCCAUUACCCUGUUAUCAUGAGCCACCAGUUUUGUGUUAUGUCUACACUGGUUUCUCUACUCUGUGGUCUCACAUAUGCAGCUCUUCACACUGGCAACACAUUCAGGCUGUCUUUCUGUCAGUCUAAUGUGGUCCACCAGUUUUUUUGUGAUAUCCCUUCUCUGCUGAAGCUGUCUUGCUCAGAUACCUUUAGCAACAAACUACUCAAUCUCCUUUGUGUCAUGGGGAUGGGUGGCAGUAGCUUUAUCUUCAUUGUCACAUCAUAUGUUCGUAUAUUUUCAACUGUGUUGAAGUUCCCAGUCAAAGAAGAGCGUGGGAAAGCCUUUUCCACCUGUAUACCACACAUUAUUGUGGUGUCUGUUUUCCUUAUUUCUGGUUCAAUUGUGUACCUAAGACCUCCAGUAAGAUCUGAAAUGUUCCAGGACAUGAUUUUGUCUGUACUUUACACAAUAGUUCCACCCUUCUUAAAUCCUGUCAUUUACAGUCUAAGAAACAAACAGGUAAAGGAAGCUGCAGGGAAAGUAAUAUUAGGAAUGAUGUAUUUAGGAAAAUUAUAA